GCUCAAUGUAAUCAAAUACAAGCUGAUGACGAAGAUAUUGGAAACCAGCCGUAAUCAGAUCUAUAGAUUCCUUGGUUUCAAGACUUAAGAGUUAGGAAGUAAAUUGAUUUACACUCACUCGUCACAGAGGUGUUGGAAGACAUUGGAUAUUCAACAGUAGUGGUUGAUUUGAGUUUAGUUGAAUGACGGAGUUCUGGAUAAUAUCUGUACCUGGGGAGCGGGAUCCAAAUCAGGUGUAUCAGCGUCUUCAAACCACAUUGUCUAAAUAUAAGGAUAUCUGCUCGCAGAUCAACAAAUUCAAUAUUCCUCCUGACUUCAAGGUGGGAACGCUGGAUAUUCUAGUGGGUCUUUCUGAUGAGCUAUCAAAAUUAGAUGUGUAUGCUGAGAGUAUUACCAAGAAAGUUGCCCAGUACAUGGGCGAUGUACUCGAAGAACAAAAACACAAGUUGGAAGACAACUUGGCGGUAAAUGGACUUUCUCCUGCCGCGUUCCUCACCAAAUUCCAGUGGGAUUAUGCUAAAUAUCCCGUCAAACAAACGUUAAGUUCACUAUACGCUAUUAUUUCAGAGCAACUUACUAAAAUAGACUCGGAUUUAAAAGCAAAGUCUCAGUCAUAUAAUACCUUAAAAGGUUGUCUUCAAAAUCUAGAACGAAAGCAGACGGGUAGUCUCUUAACACGCGAGCUUGGAGAUAUUGUGAAGCGAGAACAAUUUAUUGUUGAUUCGGAAUACCUAACUACUCUAGUUGUUGUUGUUCCGAAGAAUAUGUAUAAUGAUUGGAAAUCUAAUUAUGAAAGAAUGACAGAUAUGGUCGUUCCUAAAUCGUCUGAACUUAUUUUUGAAGAUCAAGAUAAUGGCCUGUGGACUGUUACGCUCUUCAAGAAAAUGACGGAUGAUUUUAAAACUCAGGCUCGUGAAUUUAGGUUUGUUGUACGUGAUUUUACUUAUGAUGAGAAGAAAAUUGAGGAAAGUAGAAAUGAGCUGUCGAAACUUGAGUCCGAUAAGAAAAGACAGUUUGCACCUCUGUUUCGUUGGUUGAAAGUUAAUUUUGGUGAGGCUUUUUCUGCUAUGGUUCAUAUUAAAGCCCUCCGGGUAUUUGUUGAGUCAGUUUUAAGAUAUGGAUUGCCGGUUGACUUUCAAGCGAUACUCCUUGAGCCAAACAAAAAGCAGCAAAAGAAAUUAAGAGAUAUACUAAAACAACUUUACAACCAUCUGGAUGGAUCGUCUUCAAGCUCCGUCUUAGAUGAUUGGUUUGCGUCAGAUUAACGAUAGGAAAGAAGUAGUAGAGCGCGCAAACUGCUCAAUUCAUUUAUCGACGUCCGCUUAUGGUUGUAUUCUUUGAACUAAAAGCAACGUUUAGAUCCGUUAAUCGUGAGGUUCUCUGGAAGUGUUUGUCAUUGAAAGGCGUACGCAAGAAUUACUGUACAUGCUCACUACUACUCGAACGCUACUGGUCGAGUCAGAGCUUAUGGUGAACUGUCAUCGAAUUUGGUUACUUCAAGUGGUGUUUAUAUACUCAUAGAUUAUUCAAACUGAACUGGAGAAACUAUCAAGUCCAAUCUUGGCAUUGAUACCUAUGAAAUGGAGAAGCUUUCGAAUCCGUGAGUGAAUGAUAAAGUACUUACAACAAUGAAAUUAUUACUUGACAUAAUCCGCAACUAAAAUGUAAAUAUGAUUAUUUUAAACGCUCUUGUUUAUAAGAGUAAAGUUUACUUCAAUCAUAAGAAGACGUUCAUAAUAAAUCACAGAUUAACAGAAUAUUUCAUCAAGUGGAAUAAAAAAACUAACUCGAAUAAGUGCCAAAUCAGAAGAGACAUCAACUGCUAGAACUUUUCCAGGAAAUGAACGUCCAUCACAUAAAUGAACCAUAACAUCGCCGCGAUAACCAACUACAUGAGCAUUUGUGACUACAUGACCUAAAUGAUCUACAAUAAAACCUGAACCAGUUGAACGUGAUUGAAGUGAAAGAAAAACUUUACUAAAAAAAUCAAACAAAACAAGAGAAUAACAAUAGUUAGAUGUAACAGGUGAUAUGAAUAGAGAAAUAAAGAAGAAAUCACGAACAACGAAAGGAAUUUUUGGCACAUUGUUUCACUUAAAAUCUGCAAAAUGUUAACAUCUACUUUUGUCUCUGUUUUGCUCUCAGUCAGUUAAUAACAACGUAGAACCCGGCACGUUUGUACAUCGAUUCAAAUCGUUAUACUUCAUUAGCACAAAGAGAUGAAGUUGUCAGGUCAAAUCCCAGAAUAGUAGAGACGGUAACAGUCCAGAAUCUGCCGAAAGGUAAAUAUUCAUUCUAUAAAUCUACGACUAGGUCUGAAACGAAUCUAGUUUUCUCUCGUAUGCUGUUCACGAGGUCUAGUUAAACGUUGAAGUGUUAUUGAGGCUAAUAUUUUUGAUACUAUAUUAAUUAAAAUGAUUCCUGUGAUUGUAACAAGAUGAAUUUUAUCUUUUCUUAUAAACUGAAUUCGAGACCCGUUAGAUGGCAUUACGUCCAGUCCCCAGAUUUUAGUUAAUGUAAUUGGUAAAACUGGACCGACAUCCCUAAAAAUAUCAGGGGUUAGUCCAUUAGAAUCUGCUGCUCUCCCUCGCUUUAGAUUACUUAUAG